AUGCUCUUCACCAAAGUCGGCGUCCUAGCUGCCCUCCUCCCCUCGGCACUUGCCUGCCUUGGAUAUGAGGGCGGUGUCCCCAAGGCUACCACCACCUACAGCAACAAGCAGUAUAUAGAGGUCAAGAAGGGUCAAGUUUACGAUGGCAAGUGGGCCAGGUUCGACCGUGGCUCCGGUGCUUGCGGUGGUGGUGAGGGCGGCAUCGACGAUGCUGUCUUUGUCGUCCGCGAGGGUGGUACCCUGAAGAAUGCUAUCAUUGGCAAGAACCAGAAGGAGGGUGUCCACUGCGAUGGCCACUGUACUCUUGAAUUCGUCUGGUUCGAGGACGUCUGUGAGGAUGCCAUUUCGAUCAAAAACGACAAGGCUGGCAAGGAGUCCUGGAUCAUCGGCGGUGGUGCUUACCACGCUGAGGACAAGGUCAUCCAGCACAAUGGCUGCGGUACUGUCAACAUCAUCAACUUCUACGCCGAGGACUACGGCAAAGUCUACCGAUCUUGCGGCAACUGCAAGACUCAGUGCAAGCGCAACGUCUACGUCGAGGGCGUUACUGCUCGCAACGGUGGCGAGGUUGUCGGCAUCAACCAGAACUACGGUGACACUGCCACCCUCAAGAACGUUUGCACUGAUGCCAAAAACCCUUGUGUCAUGUACAAGGGCUGCGCUGGCGGCUGCGAGCCCAGCAAGGUCGGCUACUGCUCCGGCAAAUAA